UUUUGGGAAUUUUCUUUUUGGGUUGUGUGUUGCUUGCAAUUUUCUACUGGCUCAGGCAAAAUCGCUUGUCAAAAAAUCAGCUUGAUCAGCAUCACUCUCGUUUCAAUCAUAUAAAUUCUAGGCAUACAUCUCCAGUGUUAGAAAAUAAUUCCUCUUCUGUAUCCUUGUCCCCGGGUAAAUUAAAAAAUACAAAUAAAAUUAUGAGAUAUUCUAGCAUGCGAGGAGUAUGGUGUUGAUCACUUACAAGAGUUGCGGAACCAUGUCGCUAACAACAACAAACCAACCGCUUUUGGGAUAACAAAUGAGUAAUAAUUAUCGUUAUAUAUUAUAGAAUUACCGUAAUAACUAAUAUAAUUCUCACAUGAAGGCAUUUCGACCGUCUUGAUUUUGGUUCUUUACGAAAAUUACAAAAUCAGACGACUGUCCUUAUAAGAAAAAAACAACAGCAACUUUCUUCAUCUUCUUCGAAUUUCAGGAGUGGAUGCAUAACUGAGGGAACAAUUUCGAGAGGAGGUAAAUUAUAAAUAAUGCCAUAUACAUAAUAGAGUUUAUUUUGUAUAGUUUUGACAAUAAACACUGCAAAUGAUAAAUACAGCAACAAUAAUUUGAAUUCUGACGAUGAACUUAUAUGGAAUGAGAAUGGAUUGCAAAAAAGGGAGUAAUAACAAUAAUGCUAUCAAUGCUGAUUUAAAUGCUGCAGCAGCUUGCCGGUCAAUUACGGAAAUUUAUCGUUCAGCUGAAAUGAAAUUAAAAAAUAUGAUGCCAAACGAGCAAAAUACUCCAAGGAAAACAGAAUUUAAAAGUAAUUCGAAUUUCUAUCGAAACAAAAUUUUUGAUCACAUAUUUGAUAAAUCUGUAGGUGAAUAUUCCAUCCCAGCAUCAAAACAACAUAAUUUUGAUGAAAAAUACAAGGAAGUGUUAACUGGAUGUGUCAAUAAAAUUCGUGGUUAUGGCACAAGAAAAUUGACAGAACAAGAAAUGCUGAGAUGGCGACAGCUAGUCAAAAAUGAUCAAAAUUUUCAGGCAAAUUUAUUACUUGAUUGA